AUCACAGCUGAUUAUGCAUGAGAGGACCCACACUGGUGAAAAACCGUACCAAUGUUCUGAAUGCGGCAAAGUCUUUUGCUACAGCUCCCAACUUUUUGAGCAUAAAAGAACCCAUAAUGGAGAAAAGCCCUAUCAGUGCCCACAGUGUGGCAAAAAGUUCAGUAAGCAUGCCACACUGGUGAUACACAAGCGGACACACACCGGAGAGAAACCAUUUGAGUGUCCAGAAUGCGGGAAAAGUUUCAAUCAGAAUUCCAACCUGGUGAUACACCAGAGGACGCACACAGGAGAGAAACCGUAUGUCUGUCAGGAAUGUGGGAAAAGUUUCCGUCAGAAUUCCAACCUGGUGAUACACCAGAGGACUCACACAGGAGAGAAACCAUAUGUGUGUCAAGAUUGUGGGAAAGGUUUCAUUCGAAAUUCUGACCUGAUGAUACACCAGAACACUCAUACAGGAGAGAAAGUGUAUGUGUGCACACGUUGUGGGAAAAAUUUCAUUCGGAAUUCUGAUCUAGUAGUACACCAGAGGACUCACACAGGAGAGAAACCAUAUAAGUGUCCAGACUGUGGGAAAAGCUUUAGUCGGCCUUCCCACCUGGUGACACACCAGAGGACUCACACAGGACAAAAACCAUACAAGUGUCUGGAUUGUGGAAAAAGUUUCAGGCGGAAUUCUGACCUGGCGAUACACCAGAGGAUUCACACUGGGGAGAAACCGUAUGAGUGUCCAGAUUGUGGGAAACAUUUCACUCGAAAUUCUGACUUGGUGAUACACCGGAGGACGCACACAGGAGAGAAACCGUAUGAGUGUCUGUAUUGUGAGAAAAGUUUCAGUCAGAACUCUUACCUGGUGAUACACCAGAGGACUCAUACAGGAGAGAAACCGUAUGAAUGUCCAGAUUGUGGUAAAAGUUUUACUCGGCAUUCCAACUUGAUGAUACACCAGAGGAUUCACACAGGAGAGAAACCAUAUGAUUGUCUAGAGUGUGGGAAAAGCUUCAAUACUAGAUCAAAUCUUACCAGCCACAUGAAGUUGCACACAGGAGAGAAACCCCACAAGUGUUCAGACUGUGGGAAAAGUUUUAGUUGGAAAUCUGGCUUGGUGACCCACCAGAGGAUUCACACAGGGGAGAAACCGUAUGAGUGUCCUGACUGUGGGAAAGGUUUCAGUACUAGGUCUAGCCUUAUAAAUCAUGUAGGUUUACAUACAGGGGAGAAACCAUUCAAAUGUACAGAGUGUGGACGAUUCUUCACACAAAAUUCCUCCCUUGCUACACAUAAGAAAAUCCACACUGGGGAGAAAGUCUUUGAAUGUCCUGAUUGUGGGAAAAGUUUCACACGGAAUUAUCACCUGGUGAUACACCAGAGGACUCACACAGGAGAGAAACCGUAUGAGUGUCCAGAAUGCGGGAAAAGUUUCAAUCAGAAUUCCAACCUGGUGAUACACCAGAGGACGCACACAGGAGAGAAACCGUAUGUCUGUCAGGAUUGUGGGAAAAGUUUCCGUCAGAAUUCCAACCUGGUGAUACACCAAAGGACUCACACAGGAGAGAAACCAUAUGUGUGUCAAGAUUGUGGGAAAGGUUUCAUUCGAAAUUCUGACCUGAUGAUACACCAGAACACUCAUACAGGAGAGAAAGUGUAUAUGUGCACACGUUGUGGAAAAAAUUUCAUUCGGAAUUCUGAUCUAGUAGUACACCAGAGGACUCACACAGGAGAGAAACCAUAUAAGUGUCCAGACUGUGGGAAAAGCUUUAGUCGGCCUUCCCACCUGGUGACACACCAGAGGACUCACACAGGACAAAAACCAUACAAGUGUCUGGAUUGUGGAAAAAGUUUCAGGCGGAAUUCUGACCUGGCGAUACACCAGAGGAUUCACACUGGGGAGAAACCGUAUGAGUGUCCAGAUUGUGGGAAACAUUUCACUCGAAAUUCUGACUUGGUGAUACACCAGAGGACUCACACAGGAGAGAAACCGUAUGAGUGUCUGUAUUGUGAGAAAAGUUUCAGUCAGAACUCUUACCUGGUGAUACACCAGAGGACUCAUACAGGAGANAAACCGUAUGAGUGUCCUGACUGUGGGAAAGGUUUCAGUACUAGGUCUAGCCUUAUAAAUCAUUGCAGAACUCACACAGGAGAGAAACCAUAUGAGUGUCUUUAUUGUGGGAACAGUUUCAGUCAGAAUGCCAACCUUGUGAUGCACCAGAGGACUCACACAGGAGAGAAACCAUAUGAGUGUCUUUAUUGUGGGAAAAGUUUCAGUCAGAAUGCCAACCUUGUGAUGCACCAGAGGACUCACUUAGGAGAGAAACCAUACGAGUGUCAGGAUUGUGGGAAAAGUUUCAGUCAGAAUGCCAACCUGGUGAUACACCAGAGGACUCACACAGGAGAGAAACCAUAUGAGUGUCCAGAUUGUGGUAAGAGUUUCAAGCAGAAUACCAACUUGUUGAUUCACCAGUGGACUCACACGGGAGAGAAACCGUAUCAGUGUCCAGAUUGUGGGAAAGGUUUCAAUUGGAAUUCUGAAUUGUUGAUACAUCAGAGGAUUCACACAGGAGAAAAACCAUAUGAAUGCUUGGAUUGUGGGAAAAGUUUCAGUCGAAAUUCCCACCUGGUGGAACACCAGAGAACUCACACAGGAGAGAAACCAUAUAAGUGUCCAGAUUGUGGGAAAGCUUUCUCCUGGAAUUCUAAUCUGGUGGUACACCAAAGAACUCACACAGGCAACAAACCAUAUCAGUGUGUGGAUUGUGGUAAAAGUUUCCAUUGGAAUUCUGCCCUAGUGAUACACCAGAGAACUCACACAGGAGAAAAACCGUAUGAAUGUCUGGAGUGUGGGAAAAGUUUUAUUCGGAAUUCUGACUUGGUGAUACAUCAGAGGACUCACACGGGAGAGAAACCAUAUGAGUGUCCAGAUUGUGGGAAAAGUUUCAGUAAGAAUUUCAAUCUGGUGGUACACCAGAGCACUCACACAGGAGAUAAACCAUAUGAGUGUCCGGACUGUGGGAAACGUUUCACUCAGAAUUCCAAUCUGGUGAUACAUCAGAGGACUCACACAGGAGAGGAACCAUAUGAGUGUCCAGAUUGUGGGAAGAGUUUCAAGCAGAAUUCCAAUCUUCUGAUACACCAGAAGACACACACAGGAGAGAAGCCAUACGAGUGUCAGGAUUGUGGGAAAAGUUUCAGUAGGAAUUUCAAUCUGGUGAUACACCAGAGAACUCAUACAGGAGAAAAACCAUAUAAGUGUCCUGAUUGUGGGAAAGGUUUCUGUCGGAAUUAUCACCUGGUAGUACACCAGAGAACUCAUACAGGUAAGAAACCAUAUCAGUGUCGGGAUUGUGGUAAAAGUUUCCAUUGGAAUUCCGCCCUCGUGAUACACCAGAGAACUCACACAGGAGAAAAACCAUACAAGUGUCUGGAGUGUGGGAAAAAUUUCAGUACUAGGUCUAGCCUUGUAAAUCAUGUAAGGACCCAUUCCGGAGAAAAGCUCUACCAGUGUUCCCAAUAUAGCAAAAGAUUUAGCAUGCAGACCAAUCUAGUGAGACACAAAGGGACUCCCACUGGGGAGAAAGUCUUUGAAUGUCCUGAUUGUGGGAAAAGUUUCACACGGAAUUAUCACCUGGUGAUACACCAGAGGACUCACACAGGAGAGAAACCCUAUGAGUGUCCAGUUUGUAGGAAAAGUUUUGGUCAGAAUUCCCACCUGGUCAUACACCAGAGGACUCACACUGGAGUGAAACCGUAUGAGUGUCCAGAUUGUGGGAAAAGUUUCAGUCAGAAUGCCAAUCUGGUCAGACACUGGAGGAUUCACACAGGAGAAAAACCAUAUGAGUGUUCCGACUGUGGGAAAAGUUUCAAAUGGAAUUCCUCCCUGGUGAAACAUCAGAGGGCUCACAUGGGUGAGAAACCAUAUGAAUAUCCUGAUUGUAGGAAAGGUUUCCAUCAAAAUUCUGACCUGGUGAUAGACCAGAGGACUCGGACAAAAGAGAAACCAUAUGAGUGUCCGGAUUGUGGGAAAAGUUUCAGGCAGAAUUCUAAGCUGGUGAUCCAUCAGAGGACUCACACAGGAGAGAAACCGUAUGAAUGUCUGUAUUGUGGGAAAAGUUUCAGUCAAAAUUCAAACUUGGUGAUACACCAGAGGACCCACACAGGAGAAAAACCAUAUGAAUGUCUGGAUUGUAGUAAAAGUUUCAGUCAGAAUUCCUACCUGGUGAAACACCAGAGGACUCACACAGGAGAAAAACUGAAUGAGUGCCUGGAUUGUGGGAAAAGUUUCAAUCAGAAUUCCUUCCUGGUGGAGCACCAGAGGACUCACACAGGAGAGAAGCCGUAUGAGUGUCCGGUUUGUGGGAAAGAUUUCAGUAGACGGUCUAGUCUUAUAAAUCAUGUAAGGUUACACACAGGGGAGAAACCAUUCAAAUGCCCAGAUUGUGGAAAGUGUUUCCCACAGAAUUCGACCUUUAUCAAACACAAGAAAUUCCAUAUGAGGUGAAAUUCAAUGUGUGUAGAGAAAUCUUGAAUUUCCUUUCGCUUCUCCCCUUGGAAGCCCAGCUGAGAAACUAAGCAUUUAAUUUCUUGCCUCAUUCUUUUUAGUCAAAUAUGUCAUAGUAUCAGACAUGAGGGAGGAGAUCUGAAUUUCCUUUCUCUGGCCUAGUGCAGUCAUUUCCUUUCACUGAGUCGAAACUGCUAUGCUGAGCCAGAGAAAGCGAACCUAGAUCUGUAUUAGGCGUUAUUUGGCACCUUGGGGUAUUUCUACGUAUCAUUAAGUGGAAUAUAAAUACGUAUGUAUGUCUAUA